AUGAAAUUCCGUAAGGUUGAUGAACGUAGAAACGUAUAUGCAUCAAAGUUAAUUAUUGCGAAUGAGAUCAAACAAACUGAAUUACUGAUAUGCCUAUUAGUACAACAAGAUGUUUUUGCUGACGAAGUUGAAUCUUUGCGUAAAGGUGCGCCAAUUACGAAAUGCAGCUCUAUAUUUAAGCUAAGCCCGAUGUUGGACAAUGAGGGCCUUAUACGACUAGGGGGUCGGAUAGACUAUGCCGAAUGCGUACCAAUGUCAACAAAGCGACCAAUAAUAUUGCCAAGGAGUCAUCCUAUAUCACGUCUUGUAGCUAAGCAUUAUCACGAACUUUUUCAUCACCACAACUUUGAGUCAGCGUUGUGCGCCAUACGUCGAAAGUUUUGGAUUCCUAGUGCGCGCCGAUUAUUGAGGUCAAUUAAAGCUAAAUGCCAGAAAUGUAAAAAUUUAUCCGCUAUUCCCGAAUCACCACUUAUGGGCCAAGUACCGAGCGAUCGAGUUACGCCGUUCGUUCGUCCGUUCACAUAUUCAGGCGUUGACUACUUUGGGCCUGUCUUAGUAGCCAUAGGCCGUCGUCAAGAAAAACGUUGGGUUGCACUUUUCACGUGUCUAACUAUUAGAGCCAUUCACCUGGAACUAGCUAGGGACCUAUCAACAGAUGCUGCCAUAAUUGUCUGCCGUAACUUUAUAAACAGAAGAGGUGUACCGGUACGGCUCCGAAGCGACAUGGGGACAAAUUUUGUCGGCGCAAGCAAAGAAGAUUGGGUGAACGUUCAAAGCGGUAUGCAAUCGGAGUGUGAUCUUCGAGGUGUAGAGUGGGUUUUCAAUGCACCUGCCAAUCCAUCUGCCGGGGGCAUAUGGGAAAGAAUGGUAAGAAGCGUAAAACGAGUUUUGAUGUUCACGCUGAAGGAACGAGCGCCACAGUUGGAGAUCCUGCAAAGUCUUCUGAUUGAAGCAGAAAAUUUAAUAAAUUCGCGUCCAUUAACACAUGUGCCGGUAGAGAGUACCGACGCCGAGCCUCUGUCACCCAAUCAUUUCUUGCUAGGCUGCGCGAAUGAUAUACAAACUCCACCGCUGUCAGAGAAGAUAUGUUUACGCAAGCAGUGGCACAUAGCGCAGCAGCUGAAGCAGACUUUCUGGAAGAGGUGGAUAUUGGAGUAUCUUCCUACCUUGACCCGGCGUACGAAAUGGUUUAAGAGGGUGAAGCCGAUAGCUGUAGGUGACAUCGUUAUAGUUUGCGACGACAACGAGAGCCGAGGCCAUUGGAAACGGGGUAUCGUAACAGAAGCAAAGCCAGCCCCAGAUGGUCAAGUUAGAUCUGUUUUAGUCAAGACGUCAACAGGAAUUUUACGGAGACCAGCGUCUAAAAUUGCAGUGCUCGACGUUGGUAGUGAUUCUCUCACCAGUGAUGCGAAUCACGGGGGGAGGAUGUUACCGAUUAAUAAUACAAUCCCAUAUUAA